AUGCCUGAGACAUUCGAUGUAGACCAUGUUCUAGCAAACAUCAGCGAGCAGGACAAAAUUGCUAUUUUAUCCGGAAUUGAUUUCUGGCACACACAUCCUAUCCCCGAAUUCAACGUUCCCUCAAUUCGCGCAACCGACGGUCCCAAUGGUAUCCGGGGCACGAAAUUCUUUGCCGGCAUCCCCGCCGCAUGUUUGCCCUGCGGUACAGCUCUCGGCGCCACCUGGGAUCGAGAUCUGAUAUACAAAGCGGGGGAGUUGUUGGGUGAUGAGUGCAUUACGAAAGGGGCGCAUUGUUGGCUGGGUCCGACAAUCAACAUGCAGCGUGCACCCCUCGGUGGCCGCGGGUUCGAAUCGUUUGCGGAAGAUCCGCAUCUCUCGGGCAUUCUGGCUAAAUCAAUCAUCCUCGGAUGUGAAAGCAAAGGAGUCAUUUCCACAGUAAAACAUUUUGUGGGCAACGACCAGGAACAUGAACGCCGGGCAGUGGAUGUCCUCGUCACUCAGCGAGCCUUGCGCGAGAUCUACCUACGACCCUUCCAGAUUGCGGCGAGAGAUGCGAACCCCGGCGCGAUCAUGACCUCGUAUAACAAAAUCAAUGGGAAGCAUGUGGUGGAAGAUGCGCGCAUGAUCAAUCUCAUCCGUGAGGAAUGGAAGUGGAAUCCGCUAGUUAUGAGCGACUGGUACGGGACCUACACAACCAUCGACUCCAUGAAUGCGGGCCUCGACCUAGAAAUGCCAGGUGUGUCCAGAUAUCGGGGAAAGUUUAUCGAGUCCGCGGUGCAGGCUCGACUGAUCAAGCAAUCGACUAUUGAUGCACGAGCGCGAAAGGUUUUGGAAUUCGUGAAGCAAGCGAGUCAGGUCCAAGUUUCAGAAGUGGAGCAAGGACGGAAUUUCCCAGAGGAUAGAGCUUUGAAUCGCAAAGUCUGUGCGAACAGCAUCGUCCUUCUCAAGAACGAAGGCAUCUUGCCCCUCUCAAGGGAGCUCAAAAAGAUCGCCUUAAUUGGAUCUCACAUGAAGACACCCGCAAUAUCGGGUGGUGGCAGUGCGUCACUUGAGCCAUAUUACUCUGUCUCGUUAUACGACGCCUGCAGGGAAGCACUUCCCAACGCGGAGAUACUGUACGAAGCAGGUGCAUACGCCCAUAGAAUGCUCCCUGUGAUAGACCGUCUCCUAAGCAAUGCUGUCAUUUUUUUCUACAACGAGCCAAUGGGCGAGGAACGACAUUUACUCAGCACUGAGCCUGUAUCGACGACAGCCUUCCAGUUCAUGGACUACUAUGCUCCCGGCCUCAACCGAGGACUUUUCUGGGCCACGCUGAUUGGCGACUUCACACCUGACUCCUCUGGACUUUGGGAUUUUGGCCUGAGUGUGUUCGGUACCGCAAAUCUCUACAUUAACGACGAGCUAGUGAUCGAUAACACCACGAGCCAGACACGCGGGACAGCAUUCUUUGGCAAAGGCACCAUCGAGGAGCUGGGAUCAAAAGAACUAGUUGCUGGAACUACAUACAAGAUUCGGAUUGAGUUCGGCUCUGCUAACACUAGCACAAUGAAAAGCGUGGGAAUGGUGAAUUUCGGUGGCGGCGCCGCAAAUCUUGGGGCUUGUCUACGGAUGAACCAGGAUGAAAUGAUUGAGAAUGCCGUGAAAGCUGCCGUAGAGGCCGACUACACCAUUCUUUGCACCGGGCUCAACAAAGACUGGGAAUCUGAAGGGUUUGAUCGCACACAUAUGGAUCUGCCACCGGGAGUUGACCAGUUGAUCUCGAAGGUGCUGAAGGCUGCCGGAGACAAGACUGUCAUCGUCAAUCAAUCCGGCACACCAGUUACGAUGCCGUGGGUCGACCAGGCCCCGUGCAUUGUGCAGGCCUGGUAUGGAGGUAACGAGACAGGUCAUGGAAUUGCCGAUGUCCUCUUCGGAGAGGUCAACCCAUGCGCAAAGCUGCCCUUGUCCUGGCCAGCGGAUGUGAAACACAACCCGGCCUACCUGAACUAUGCUAGUGUAGGUGGUCGAGUGCUGUACGGCGAGGACAUCUAUGCGGGUUAUCGAUUUUACGAGAAGACUGGACGAGAAGUCCUCUUUCCAUUUGGUCAUGGCCUGUCAUACACGACCUUCAAGGUUUCACCAAACGUUACCGUCACCCCUGAGAUCUUCAACAUGGACCAUCCUACGGUCGCCACCGUGCAAAUCAAAAACACGGGAAAAUUGGCGGGCGCUCAGAUUCUCCAACUAUACAUCUCCGCUCCGGAAUCCCCAACCCCGCGCCCAAACAAGGAACUGCACGGUUUUGAAAAAGUAUUCCUGCAGCCCGGGGAAGAAAAAACGGUUGACAUUCAGGUGGACAGAUAUGCGACCAGCUUCUGGGACGAAAUCGAGGACAUGUGGAAGAGCGAACAGGGGACAUAUGAAGUGUUGAUUGGAACAUCCAGCCAGGAAGUGGUGGCCCGGGAUACAUGGGGCGCAAAAAUCCUAGACGCAGUAGAACGUCAAGAGCGUCUUCUAUCAGAGAGCCUAUCUUUGAAUCGGUCGCCUCCUCUUUUUUCGCAACAGGCGUCGCCAUCCCCAGUGGAUGAAGUAGAUUCCGAGUCAAUCUCGCGCAAUGAUGCACCCAAAACGCCCAUUACCGGCUCGGACAUGAUCCUUAGCUGGCCUAUUUUCCCGAAAGAGAAGCCUGCGUCGACUUUUCCGAUGGCAGCGUAUUCUGAGAAGCCAGAUCGCUUUCAAACGGCUCUACCAAGCCUAGAUCCCCAAAGGCUCCUCGAACUGCGCGAAAUUUUUAUGACCAAGAUCUGGACCAAGAACCCGAUCGUUGACCCGGAACAGCUUGACUUUCAUAUCGCUCGAGUGCUGGAAAAUGGCAUUGAAUGGUCCGCCUCGUCCUGCUUGGUACUACUUAUUUUUGCGCUUGCUGCCAUCUGGGGGAAUUAUCCCGACGACGAAACCCGCGAAGUCUCAUAUAAUGAACCAUCAUUUAGUCCACCAGUCACUUAUGUGACUAUGUCAGUUCCCGAACACCGAAUGAAGGAGUCGUUGACCUUCCUCUCCAUGGCACGUAAGCGCAUCUCCACUGCGUAUCUCGACGAUACCUUACUGGGCGUGCAGUGUCUUUGUUUAUUCGGAAUUUGGUAUCAGUAUAAUAUGGAGCCGAUUCCGGGCUGGAAAAUGUUCCGGACAGCAUCCAUGCUAUGGCAAACGUAUCGUUUGAAGCACCGCGAGGGAAAGACGAUUAGGAGUGCGCAGGAAGAGAGUCUGGAGCAGCGCCUCUACUGGACAUGCUUGAAGUCCGAAUGUGAGGUUCGAUAUGAACUAACGGAUCUCCCGCCCUGUGACCUCAGUCUCUCCGACUUUCCUUAUUCUCUCCCGGGCUUCCCCACAAGACAACCGUCUGACAGCCCUGGGUGGAUGUUUUCUAGUCCCUCGUCCACAGACCUUGAAGCAGCAUCGUCCUACUAUUACCUGGCCGAGAUCUUCUUGCGCAGGCUUCUAAAUCGGGCUCGCAAUGCGGUCCGCGUCCUCUCCCCGGAUAUCGAUCUACCGACCAUCAAGAUUCUAGCAGAAACCCUGACCCAGCUUGAAGGGCAACUCCAGCAGUGGGUAAACUGUCUCCCACAUACACUCCGGUUCAACAUGCCUCUCGAAUCCUCCCCCGGACCGAAGGAGGGCGAGCUCAUGAAGCUAAGUCGUGAGCGAUACGUCGAGGUGCGCGAACUUCUCUGCCGCGCGUAUCUGUAUCUGUGCAUCCAUGUACCACUCGAUCCAGGAAUGGCGGCGCUGUAUGGGGUCAAAGCGAGCGAGGCGUUACUGCUGGCAGUUUAUCGCAUCAAGACCGAGGUGCCAUUCUUCCGGCAUCCGGGGUCAUGGGGAGCAUGUCGAGUGCGUUUUAACCAUGCGCUUUGCCUGGUUGCGGGAUUCCGCGCAAAGCUGACGCAACGCCCCUCGGCUGAAUAUGUGACCAUUCCGCCUGAUUGGGCAGAUUGUGUGCGGGUGGUGAUUGAGCGGUUGAAAAUCUGGGGCGAGGAGGGCGGCGGGAUCAAGGAGUUAAGUGUGCUGCUGGAAUGGCUGAUGCAUGGCAAUUUUGAAAUGUAG